GGGCGAUUGAACUCAAGACGAUGCAAAUCUCGACAAUCCCAGCAAUGCCCCAAUUUGAGUCCUUCGAGUGAUUUCAGCGACGAAGAAAUCUGUGCCGACAUGGUUGGAGUAGCAGGGCGGUCUAAAGCAUGUCACACGUGCAGGCAGAGGAGGAUUAGGGUAUGUCGACCCACUAUCCAUGAGAUCUACAGCAUGCGCCCCAUGAUUGACAAGCUAGGAGCUGACUUGGUCAUCUUCUCAUAGUGUGGCGCUGAGAGGCCAAGUUGCGGUAAUUGUCUCAAGUCCGGCCGUUCCUGCGCAGGCUAUCAGAGAACACAAGUCUUCAUAUCAUCAAUCUAUACACAAUCUGGUGGUGGUCAACUGAUAACGUUGGACGCACCUCCAUCUCAGUCCCGGCACAAACGACAACAGCAUAUCAACCGACAGCAUAUGAUAGCAGCAUUGCCAAAGGCGGUGUCAGCACGUAACGCAACCAGAGAUCAGUUCUUGGCCAAUUUCAUCGACCGUCAACUACCAUCUUGUAUCCUCACCUCCGGCCAUCUCAAUGACCAUCGAAAAUGGCUUCUUCGCCUCCCCGAUAUCGCAUCACUGACUCCAGCUAUGGAGUACACCAUCUUAGCACUAAGUACUGCGGCCUUGGAGCAAGAUGGCGAGCUCGGUCACGGAAGAGGUCAAAGCCUAAAGCUAUACACCAGAGGGCUAUACGAGCUACAAAAAGCCAUCGACGACCCAAAAAUGAGACUGGAUGAUCAGACUCUUGCAGCUUGCGUCUUGCUAGGCAUGUUCGAGUUCUCAGAAUGUCCAGGGCGAACUGUCAGCGCAUACAUGAGACAUUAUCAGGGAGCGAUGGCUCUCUUGCAGCUUCGCGGACCUGAGCAGCAUAUUGGUGGUCUGGCGCAUGAUGUGUUCCAAGUGCUGAGAAUGCAUACUGCGUUUCAAGGUCUUAGUCAAAGCCCCGGAAGCCAAUUAGCCAAGUCCGCAUGGAUGAAAGGACCAUGGAUGUCGAAGUCCAAGACUAUGCAUGACAUACUUCUCGAUAUCUUUCUGCAACUUCCGGAACCUCUAUCUGCAGCUAGAGAUGCCACAACGCCACAGCCUUCUCAGUCUUCACUAGUCGGCCUAGAAGCGUUAUCCGCGUUGCUAGCUCUGGAUGGAGAACUCAAUAAAUGGCUUGAGUCAUACCAAUACACAUACCCUACCCUUUACUGGCCAGAUUUGUCAACAGCUAGUAGCUCGACAGACAGUGAAGACCUGGGAAGACUUUACCCAGUGUCAUUUCGGUUCCCGUCGUACCAUGUAGCGGAGACUAUGAUACUUUACUGGACGGUUCAGAUCUUGAUACAUGCCAGUGCCUCCUCCAUCUGCACCAGGUUAACAUCUAGCGGGACUAAGGACAUCACAAGAUUUGAAGAUGAGCGUGUGUCACUCGCAGAUUUGCAUCAUACAAUCGAGACAUCAGAGUUCGUGUUAUGGCCAGAGACAUCAGCUCGCUACAUAUGUCAGUCCGUGGAAUAUUUCUUCCAAGAUGAGUUUCGUAGCAUGGGCGCUGGAGUAGUUCUAUCACCGUUGUUGGUAGUCAAAGCGUGUCUAUCCAGAUCAGCACGCAAUUUCUCUAGGGAGAUUACAUGGAUUGACGAGGCAAUUGGGCGCAUUCAGGCCAAUGGGGCAGAAUUAGCGGCUUGUGUUUAAUUAAAGAUGUAAUUCAACAUAGUCCUCGGCUAUCGCUUUCUCAAGAAUCACUCACAUCAUCCUCAUCCUCUGGUUCCCAUUGACCCAUACAGUACAACAGAGCCUUGUUCUCUCCAAGAGGC